UCGCUGUGAUUUUAAUUAAUAGACCAGUAGGCAAAUAAAGGCCAGAUCGACGAUAUCAGCCCGAUAACCGUAUUUAAUUAUAGCGGACACAUCAAAGAAUAGCAUGGGUUACAAGGCAUUACUAAACAGUCUACAGUACGUCAGCUCAUUUGACGAUGUGGCACAAGAAUAGAGGUCGUGAAACAUACCACUUGAAAUCCAUUUGAAACAGAAACACUUCACCUCAAACCAAGAAAAAAAGACUCGAAAAGGAUGCCUCAGCAACUUCUUUGUGUGAGUGGAUUGGGUCUCUUAAUCCUACUGACUAUCUCAUCAAGUGAAGUUAGCUCAGCGUUCGUCAAGUGCAAGCAAGAUGACGACUGUACCAGCCCUUUAGCAUCAUGUCAYGCAAUUUUUAAAUUUUGCGUAAAUUUGCAAUCAAAAGUAUCAGCAASARCGACCAGGAAUCAAUCACCCUGCAAUUGUCUCAACAACGAAUACUGUCAUCCCAUAUUUGUCAUAUGUCUUCCCAUUCUCACGGCUCCAGCAAUACGAAACAGUCGGAAGCCAACUGCUCUCAAAUGCUUCAACGACUCUGACUGUCAGGCCGGCAAAUACUGUCACCAACAAUUCAAAAAAUGUCUUGAUAUACUUGCAAYACCAACUCUCGUUACCACAAAAUCCAGUGCCAUCUCCUGCAAAAACGAUUCUAACUGCGCAGUACAGCAAUAUUGUCACACAAUUUUCAAGAUGUGUUUGAUGAAGCCCAAUAUUUCAUCAGUCAAUACUACAACAUCGCAGUCAAGGUUUGCAUGUUCCACCGAUACAGACUGUCAAGCCGGUUACUAUUGCCACAACAUGACAAAUAUUUGCUUUAAAAUGCGUGCGGUUACAAAGUCAAUUCAGUCACGUAUGCCUUCGCCACCMAAGAAGAAAWACUCKUGUAGRAWUGAYUCCGACUGUAGGAUAACUGAGUUCUGCUACCAUAUCUUUGGACAGGUAAAAGUUGUAGCGCGGCAUAAGCGCAAAUGUACAGAUGGAUUAGGAUGCUUUCUAAAACGGUCCCGUCAUGCAACAGGGGCAUGUGUACCAAAGAUUGUUACAUUUGAUCCACCAUAUUUCAACUGCAGUAGUGAURAAGAUUGUGGAGAUGGCAAAUGUUGUUUAAAGAAACUUGGAGUUUGCAGAAGUAACCUUAAAAGGGGUCAGCCAUGCGUCACAAAGGUUUCUGAAUUUACUUGCGCAUGCUCAGAAAAGCUCUUCUGUAAACCAAACGCCAAAGCCAAAAAGCUCAAGGGAAGACGACUYGAAAGAAAGCUAAAAAUCYCAAAAYACAUCCGUCACUUACUUCUAAACAAAGGGCUUCUGUACCAUAAAAAGUACACGUAUGGGCGUUGCCAACAUGUGGACAAUUAGCUUGUGAUCUUCGACGUAUUGGUUAUGAAUCUCGUCUGGAUCGGUCGUYGGUAUUUACAGAUAUACUGUGUAUAUUGAACCCUGGACUGAGUAGUGAUUUGAGAUAAUAGCCAAACGUUGGGUUUAGUUAGAGAAACCUUAACGCUAUACAACUUAACAAGUGGUCAUGGACGAUAUCAUUAACAUCUUGUCCAGAAAAAAGAAUUAAAAUAUCGACAUGAUAUUAGUGUUAAAAUAAGAACAAUGAACAUAGAGGCUUGUUAAAUAAUAGAGAUCAAGCCUUGUACCGACGCAAGAAUGCACAUAACCGGAGGAAAACACAGAAGAAUGAGGUGUUGGAUUAGCAGCUAUAUAAGUGCAUUAGAAUAGUUCAGUCACAAGAUAUAAGAGGAUUAGUUUGCCUUGUAGUAUCGUGAUGAAGACAAUUUUCCCUUUGAUUGUAGCUCAGUAAUGUAGAACUAUAUCAAACAAAUUGUCAAAGAUGUCAAAGAUGUUUUGCUCUUGCAUGGAAAACCAUUCAAUUCUCGGCUARGAAUCAAAUGGUUAUAAUUGUGAUAGCAGUUUCAUAACGUAGUAACCUACGUAAGUGUUUUAGAACCGCYGUGUGUUCACAUUUAGAAGAAUGGUAAAUGGUAAUAAAUAGACUUUAACACCUA